AUGCAGAAGGAUCUCCCGAAGACCAGAAUCGUACGAUCUCUCCGUUUGAACAUUGCGCCUGGUUUCUCGUCAGCAGAAGCUAUCCUCAAAGAUCUUCACCAGGCAGCUGAAAAGGAUGCAGCUACAGCUGAAGAGUUGAGCAAAAGAGAAGAGGAAUGGAAGCGAAUCACGCCAUACAUUACCUGGCAAGGAGGACUUUACAAGACGCUGAUCAGACCCGUCAAACACUCUGUUGUGGAUGCCGACACAGACGAAGGAGAGGAGAUGUCGAAGUGA